CGCCGCCGCCGCCGCCGCCCGCAGCCGCGCCCACUGCCCGGAGCCAGAGGGAUGGUGGUAGUCACGGGGCGGGAGCCAGACAGCCGUCGUCCGGACGGUGCCAUGUCCAGCUCCGACGCCGAGGACGACUUCCUGGAGCCGGCCACCCCCACGGCCACGCAGGCGGGCCACGCGCUGCCCCUGCUGCCCCAGGAGUUUCCUGAGGUUGUCCCCCUUAACAUUGGAGGGGCUCACUUCACCACACGCCUAUCUACCCUGCGGCGCUAUGAAGACACCAUGCUGGCGGCCAUGUUCAGCGGGCGGCAUUACAUCCCUACCGACGCCGAGGGCCGGUACUUCAUUGACCGGGAUGGCACCCACUUUGGAGAUGUGCUGAAUUUCUUGCGCUCAGGGGACCUGCCGCCCCGGGAGCGUGUGCGGGCUGUGUACAAAGAGGCCCAGUACUAUGCCAUCGGGCCCCUCCUGGAGCAGCUAGAAAACAUGCAGCCUCUGAAGGGGGAGAAAGUGCGCCAGGCAUUUCUGGGACUCAUGCCCUAUUACAAAGGUCUGCACCCAGAAGAAUUGAGUCCAAGAUUCAUCUAUAUUACUCAAGACCAUUUGGAGCGGAUUGUGGAGAUUGCCCGGCUGCGUGCAGUACAGCGGAAGGCCCGCUUUGCCAAGCUCAAGGUCUGUGUCUUCAAGGAAGAGAUGCCCAUCACCCCCUAUGAGUGUCCACUUCUCAACUCCCUGCGCUUCGAGCGGAGCGAGAGUGAUGGGCAGCUCUUUGAGCACCAUUGCGAAGUGGAUGUGUCUUUUGGGCCCUGGGAGGCUGUGGCUGAUGUUUAUGACCUACUGCAUUGCCUGGUCACAGACCUCUCAGCCCAGGGCCUCAUCGUGGACCACCAGUGCAUCGGGGUGUGUGACAAGCACCUCAUCAACCACUACUACUGCAAGCGCCCCAUCUAUGAGUUCAAGAUCACAUGGUGGAAAUGGCACCACCAUUCACGUAGUCAACAAAAACCUGAGAGUCAUCUUGAACUCCUCUCCUUACCUCACCUGCUGCAGUCCAUCGCCAAGUCUUGAAUCUGUCUUCAGGAUGUAUCUUGAAAACAUCACAAAUUCACCUGUCUGAAUCACCAUCAUCUCUCACUUUGCAUUACUACAAAGGCUUCUUGGCUUAAUUUGAUCCCUGAUUAUCCCCUCCAAUCUAUUCUCCAAAAUAGUCUCGAAAAGGUUGAUUAGAUCCUCCAGCAUGCCUACUUAAAACAUUUUGUUUUUAGAAUGAAAUUGAAAGAUCUUACCAUGUUUGAUCUGGUUCCUAUGCAUUCCCAGCCUCAUUAUACCACUCUGUUCCUUGUUUCCCAUCUUCUACUCUGGACUUUUUCCAUUCCUGUCUCAGAUUUUUGUGAUUGGCAUUCCCUCUCCCUGGAUUGCCCUUCCCCUAGCCUUCUCAUGGGCUGGUUCACUUUCCUAUUUUGUGUUCAGUGACACCUUGUCUGAUCAUGCCAUGUAAAGCAUACUUCCAUUAUUGUCUAUCUACCUACCACAUUACCUGAUUUAUUUCCUUUAUAGCAUUUAUUACCAAUAGUAAUAAUCUUAGGUUAUUUCCUUUUAAAUAAGCUCAAUAAGCUCCCUUAAGGCAGAGAUUUUGCCUCUCAUUCACAACUAUCCCAGUGCUUAAAACAGUGCCUGGAAAAGAGGUACUCACUCAAAGUCUGUCAAACAACCUUCCAGUGUAGGGACAGGAGACCUUUAAGGGUAUUUUACUAUUACCAUACCCUGUGAUUAAAGUCAAUGGAAAACAACAACCCAAUCUAGGUAGGACUAAUAAUGGCCCAAACCUUUCAUGAAUGAAAGUUUGGGUCAUCCCACCAGGUAAAGAGAUUUCAGUAGCAGAUUAAGUAUGAUUUAAAGAGAUGGGUGUUAAGUUGACAAGGGGCAGAGUUGUGAUGGUUAAUUUUAUCUGUCAACUCUUUUGGGCCACACUGCCCAGAUAUUUGAUCAAAUAUUAUUCUGGUUGUUUCUGUAAGGGUGUUUUGGAUUAGAUUCACAUUCAAAUCAGUGGACUUUGGGUAAAGCAGAUUGCCUUCCAUAGUAUGGGUCAGUUGAAGGUCUGAAUAGAACAAAAGACUGGCUUCCCCCAAGCACUAGGGAAUUUGGACAGCAGAUGGCCUUAAGAUUUCAUCUACAGUAUUACUUUUUCCUGGUUCAUUAGAAGACUGCCUUUGGACUUGAAAUGCAACUCUUUCCUGAGCCUCCUGCUUGCUAGUUUCCCCUGUCAGAUUUUGGACUCACCAAGCCUCCACAAUCACAUGACCCAAUUUUUAAAAAUAAUUUUCUUCCUAUAUAUACAAUAGCUAUUUUAGAAUGUAUACAUGUAUCUCUCUUUCCCUUUUUUUCUCUGUGUAUGAAUAUAUAUACUGUAGAACAGAACAUAUGAAUAUAUAUCAUGCACACACACACACACACACACACACAUAUAUAUUAGAAGGAGAUAUACAUCCUAGGAGAAUAUAUAUCUAUAUUGAAAUCAAAAGGUAGCAUACCAAAAAAAAAAAAAAAGGUAGCAUACCACCACACCUUACUAUUCUCAUUUAACACUAUCUUUUGGAGAUCUGUCCAUUUCAGUACCUGUAGAGCUCCAGCUUCCCCACCACCACACCUUUAAAAUCUGAUGGUAUAUUUGACCCUUGAACAAUGCAGGGGUUAGGGUCAUUGACCCCUUUGGCAGAAGAAAAUCCACAUGUAAUUUUGACUCCUCCAAAAUUUAACUACUAGUAGCCUACUGCUGACUGGAAACCUUACCAACAACAUAAAGAGUCAAUAUAUUUUGUAUGUUAUAUAUAUAAAAUAUACUGUAUUCUUACAAUAAAGUAAACUAGAGAAAAGAGAAUGUUAUACGGGGACACCUGGGU